AUGUUGUCUAAGCAAGGCUUUUGCAGUAACUGUAACACCACGGCAACUCCUUUAUGGAGAAGGGCGGAGGAUGGGAGUUAUCUCUGUAACGCAUGUGGACUUUAUUACAAAAUACACGGAAGAAAAAGGCCGACCAACUUCAAGACAGAUUCAUCCAAGCCUCGAGUGAGAUGUAAAAGAAUUGGUGGGGAGGCAGGCGGUGCAUAUGACCCUGAGAUGCCAUGGACUCUCUACAAGCAUAGAAGCAGGACUCAGGGUUUAUUCAAUCUUUACCAAGAAGAAAAUCAAAUGAACUCAGUUUCUAAGCAUGAGGGUUAUCCUACGAAACAUGAUAACCUCAAGGGAGGUAGAGAAGCCCCCCAGAUAAAUUCUAGCGAAAACAUACUCUACGAAGGUUUUGGAAUGUCUGAAUAUGGUAGAAAUACUAUUCUGGAAGACAAAAGGGAUUAUAGACGUCAUACAAAUGUAGCCACAAAGUCUCUGAUUAGAAGGCAUUUUGACAAAAGGCCGGGAAGGAUUCCACCAUUUAUGAGUGAAAUUGAAAGUAAAGAGACAUCGAACGAAAAGGAGCCAGAAAAAAGCACUUCUGAGCCAUGGAUAAAGGCCAAUGAGGAACAUGAAACGGAUCUAGAGGAUUCUGAGGUAAUAGCCAUCAAUGCUUUACUAGAUCUGUCUCGUGAGAGGACUUAG